AUGAUUCAGGAUAUUGAAGAUAGAGACUUAAAGAAAGAUGGGGAAUUAGAUCUCUCGAGCAAGAAAACAUCUACAUCAAGAAAGAUAUUAUCGACAGUCGUACUAGGGGCCAUUACUUUGGCUUUACUGGGUGCCAAAUUUUUGCCGACCGCUGUCUUCAGUGGAUGCAAGCCAAGCUCGAACCAGGAAAUUGAUACGCAGAUGAUAUUAGAAGAUUUAUGCCCAACAGCAGAAAAGCUUAUUCCGGAGGAGAGCACCCAAUUCGCAGGAAUUACUCAAUUUGGAACGCCGGAGUACAAAAAUCAUUCAUUGAGCGUGUGGAGGGAUGCAGUGAGACUUUACACACCAAGUUUUGACGAUUUAGGACCUGUUGGGGAAGAUUCAAGAUGGGAUGUCUUUUUCAAGUUCGAGGACUAUCUUAUGAAAACCUUUCCACUUAUGGCCAAGAAGUCGGAACUUGUCCAUGUUAACACACAUGGCUUGGUUUUUAUUCUUCAUGGUAAAAACGAAACACUAAAGCCUAUGAUGCUUACAGCUCAUCAGGAUGUCGUUCCAGUUCCGGACGAUACGGUUCCUCGUUGGAAGCACAGUCCAUUUGGAGGAUAUUUUGAUGGCAAGUUUCUUUGGGGAAGAGGAUCAAGUGAUUGUCGUAACAACCUCAUAGGUAUCAUGGAAGCUGCUGAAGCACUCCUAUCAGAAGGCUUCAAACCAGAGAGAUCAUUGAUCAUUGGUUUCGGGUUUGAUGAAGAAUGCAGUGGUGAACAGGGUGCUGCUCAUAUUAAUGAAUAUCUUCUAAAGAGAUUUGGUGAGGAUAGCAUCGAAUUUUUGAUUGACGAAGGGGGUCUUGGAAUUCAGGAUCUUUAUGGUUCAAGAUUUUCUUUACCGGCAACUGGUGAAAAGGGAUAUGUCGACAUAGUUAUCAGCUUGGUUACCAAUGGGGGUCAUUCGUCUGUCCCUCCAGAUCACACUUCGAUUGGUAUCAUUUCGGAUCUUAUUCAAACGAUAGAAACAAAGAGAUACCCAUUGAGGAUUUCAGAGAAUAAUCCUUUUUACUUUCAAUUGAAAUGUGAAGCCAAGUCCGGUAGGACAAUGGAUCCACUUUUAAGAGAUAGUAUUGCACACUUGGACAGCAGCUGUUCUGCAAAGACCAGGGUUCUCGAAACGUUGGAUGACGACAUUAAUGUCAGAUAUUUAGCUUCAACGUCCCAGGCUGUGGAUAUUAUAGAUGGCGGACUUAAAAUUAAUGCCUUACCUGAAAAUGUUACGGUUAAGAUCAACCACCGUGUUGCUUAUGAUUCAUCGACUGAUGAGGUUAAGGCCAAGAUACUUUCAAAGGUUUCAGCCAUUGCGGAGAAAUACAAAUUGGCGGUUAGGGACUUUGCUGGCAAGGAAAUUUCCGGCUUUAGACAUUCUAAGAUUUCCGAAAUUUUGCCUUCAGGAUAUUUUGAACUUCACAGUGAGCAGGAACUUGGUCCUGCACCAAUUACAAAGACUCUUAAUAAUAAGAGCUGGAAUAUACUUUCUGGAACAAUAAGACAUGUUUUCGAAGAUUUCGUUUCUUAUCCAGAUGCAGAUCCUGCAGUUCCAUCCGAUGUCACCGUUUCUCCAAGUGUUAUGACUGGAAAUACUGAUACCAAACAUUAUUGGGCCUUAACAAAAAAUCUUUACAGAUUUACGCCAAUUAGACAGAAUGCCAGAUUCAAUGCUCAUGCAAUAGACGAACGUGUUGAACUUAAUGCACAUAUCGAUAGUGUUGCAUUUUACUAUGACCUUCUAAGGAAUGUUGACGAGAACGACAGACAAAAUUAA